UUUCAAUUCGAUCGGUAUCCAAAUUGUAGCAACAAAAUUUAAAAUUCUUAAAAAAUAAAAGCGAAUCAAAUUAUUUCUGUUUAAAAUCAUGUGUUCUCCUUGCGGACCGUGUAGCCCAUGUGAUCCUUGCUGUGGACCUUUUGAAUGCUCUCCUAAGUGUUAUAAUGCUGCUCAAUUGGAGGCUUUACCGCAAUGUGCACCUCGCAUACCACCACCGUUUCCCAAAUGUAUAACUGUACAGCAGCCACCAAGGCUUAUAUGCAAAAAGCGUGUAGUUUUUACGGAGAAAAUUGUGCCCGAGCCUAUGGUCGUAAAUCGUUGUCGUCAAAUUACUGUACCGAAAGUGGUGGACGCCACUCGUGUUAUUAAGGUUCCAAAACUUAUUUGGGUCUCACAAAUGGUUCGGGAGCCACGCGUUAUAUAUUAUCCAUCUAUGAUCCCAGAUCCCUAUGUAGUCUGCUAUCCGAAGCGCGUUUGCGAACCCAGGGAAGUUUGUCAGUCUAUUUUGUGCCAACCAAAACCACAAACAAUCGAUAUACCGCCUCCAAGAGAAUAUUGUUGCUACCCGAAUGGGCCAAUAAACUACAAGCCAAGUGCUGCGUGUCCACCGUGUCCUAUUGGCCCUUGUGCACCUGGUGGAGCUUGUUGUCCUCUUCCCUGCUUCUCUACUAAUCAAUAUCCAGUGUGUGAAACUCGUUGUGGACCUUGUGGACCUGGACGUUGUGCACCAUGUGGACCUGGGCGAUGUGGACCAUAUGGACCAUCUGGACCAUGUGGACCCUGUGGAGGAACUUGCGCUGUACCUAAUUGCGGGCCAUGUGGUUUGACAAUGCCUUCAGGUCCUUUCAUACCGGCACCCUGUGGCCCUUGCGGGACAGGUUGUGGACCUUUGGGAAAUGGACCUUGUGGACCUUGUGGGCCGUGCUCACCUCCCUGCCCUUACGAAUCACCUGAGUGCGGACCUUGUUAUCCGUGUGCACCAACACCAUGGAACACGCAUUGUGGACCUGUCGGACCAUGCGGUCCUCAAGUUCCUUGUGGUCCAUGCGGUCCUUGUUAAAUUUCACAUUAUAAUGAAAUUUUAAUUUGAUUUUGUUGGCACGUAAAUAUAAUAAUAAAUA